AUGGAGGUGACCACCGUGUCCCCACCUGCCACCUCACCCACUGAAGGAGACGAUCUGUGUAACACAGAUGUUACCACCAUGGUCACACACAGUGUGACACUGCUCAUCUGCCUCUGUGGGCUGGCUGGGAACGGGGCUGUGCUCUGCCUCCUUAGCCUGAAAAAAAGCGGGAACGCUGGCAUCUUUGACCUGGCUGUCAUGGACUUCCUCAUUCUCCUCUUUGCAGUCCCCUCUGCCCUCCUUAUCCUGGUGGAGGAUGUGUCCUGCUCUCUUAUCAUGCCCUUGAUGUACAUGAACUUCCUUUUCCAGCUGUCCGUGGUCUCCCACUACUGGGCCCUGCUCUGGCUGAUGCGCAGCAACAAGAUACUGUUUAUGCGUGAGAUCUGGAACCUCUGUUGCCGCUGCGACCUCCCUGAGCACCUGUGGUGGGUGCUGGACAGUGCCCAAUACUGGGCCUUCUUUGCUCUCUUCACUGUCAUUCCCUCAGUGACAUUCCUGUGCCCAUCACACGAGCAGGAGCACUGCCGGGCUGCUUUCAUUUCCAUGUACACCCUCAUCCUGCUCUUCUUGGCUGCACCCCUGCUCAUUUCCAGCACAAUCGAUUUAAUUAAUGCCAAGCCCGGCUCCCAGCAGCAGCAACCCAAGAGGCGUGACAUCGUUCUCUUCAUCAUUUUGCUCCUCACUCUCCUUCUCAGCCUCUGGAAUUUCCUGCAGCAGCUCAGUUACAUCACUGUGUCCUCACAGGUUGUUUUCCUGCUCACCUGCAUCCACAGCACCAUCAAACCCUUCAUCUACUUCUUGGUGGGGAGGUGCAGGAGGCCCUGCUCCAUGUGGUCCCUCCGGCUCUCCCUCCAGAGGAUUUUUGAAGAGCCCAAAGAAAACAAUGCCGACAGUGGUGAUCCUGCCAUGGACAUGGGGGUCUGA